AUGAGCGCUGCGGCCGGCGGUGAGGGCUCUCGCUCGGCCGCCGGAGCAGCCCCAAUAGCGGAGGGUAAUCUCCGGGCGGGAGAAAACGAGUCCCUCUUCAUCAGGAACAGUUCGUUCAGGAGGAACUCCCAGACCUCGACCGCCAGCCUCGGCCGAGAGGUCGGCGCCGCUUCCAACAUCAAAGCGCGUCCAGCCUUCAUCAUCACUUCAGGGGAGCUGGUGCACAACCCGUCCGACUGCACCAGCAGCUCGGCGCCGCCCGCCGCAAGCCGGACGCUGCUCUACAAGGGCCUCUGCCUCCUGCUCCUGCUCUGCCAGGGUGGGCUUUUCGAUUUCUACCUGAUUAUUUUCACCGACCUGUACUGGUGCUCCUGGAUCGCCACCGACCUCGUGGUGCUGGCCGGUUGGCUCAUCUUCUUCAUCAAGCACGCCAGGCGGAGGGCGGCGCGGGAGAAGGCAGCCCCGGGACAGUUCGCCUUCGCCUACCUAGCCUGGCUCAUCUAUGUCAUCGCCUGCACGCCCAAGAUGGUGCUCAUCCUGGAGACAUCCAUCCUCGACCUCAUUGAGCUCAAAGUUCCUCUGGGCACCACCGGCUUUAAAAUCGUGGUCAUGUCAUCGGUGCCCUUGCUCUACACGCUGCUGAACUCGGUGACCGAAGACCUGAGCUGCCACAGUAGCCACCGGGCCCAGAACUAUUACAGCCGCACCUGCCUCGACCUCCUGGACAGCUUCACUCUGAUGGAGCUGGUGCUGGCGGGUCAGAUCCCCAACGUGUACCUCAAGUACACGGUCACCACGGUCUACUUUGUCUCCUUUUCCAUCCCGGUUCUCUGGCUCUAUGAACUCAAUUCACUGCAGCUGGAUUACAAAUGCGUCGUGUUCCGCUUCCUGUCCAGCUAUGCGGUGAAUGCCCCACUCCUGGUGGUCAGGUGCUUUUUGGUCUUUAUUUAUGACCAGCAAGUUUCAGUGUUUCUGUUCAAGAAUGUCUUUUGGCUGUGUUGUGAUUGUGCCGAGGUGCUGGAGAGAUGUUGCGUUCUGAGACGUGUCCACAAAUACUCGAGUCCACCCAUGCAGUUCACACAUUGCAUCUCGGAGAAUGAGAUGUGUGCCCACGGAUACGUGAACACAUUGGCCGUGGCUGCCCAAUCCUAA